AUUACAUAGUCGGAGUUAAGUUUUAUAGUGUUUUGUAAAGAUGUCACGGUUCUGUGGAAAUGAAUUUUACUUACAUAUAUUACUCGCAUAUGUAUGCCGUUCGAAAUGUCAGUAAUCUGAUGUAUUCAUUUAUGUGAAAAUGUGAUUUGCAACACAAGAAAUUUAGAAUUUGCUAUCUUUCGUCGCCCAUACGCCUUAUAGUGUUACUAUGAUUUGCAUCAAACCUAACAGUCGUGUUUUGUACAGUCUUGGAUUACUUAACUAAUAUAGUUUUGUUUAUAUAUGUAUAUAAACUGUUACAUGAUUCAUAAAUAGGCAUAAGGAUCGGUUGCUUCAUUCAAAGAAAGCUUAUUAGUAAUCAAAUCAAAAAUGAAUGUUCUUCUGAAGCAACGUCGAUUGAUAGCCACCAUCGUAACGAUAACUUGUCUUAUAUACACUUCACAUGUAACCGUGCAAAUUUUUCUGGGACUCAAUCAUCGUCAGCAGUGCUACAAAUAUGGUCGUGAAGCCGCUUCGAGACACGUAUUAGCACGCAGUAUAAAUUCUGAAGGUGAAAAAUUGAAUAUAGAUGAAGGAACUCAAAGAGCAAGGGAAACUGUAGAGGAAUCCAAAACUGAAGCCAAAAAGAAAUAUAGGCUGGAUAUAAUAGAAGCAGACCUUGAGGCCGUUUCUAAAGGAGAACUGCCGGAUGAAUCAAUAAAUGAGGUGGAAGAUAAGACGGAUUACUUCGGAUGUUCAGAUUUUGACAGAAUCCCAAGAACACGUAAGGAAGUCGAAGAAAAUCUAAGGGGAAACAGGGGAAUAUCUUUCAUAAAAGUGAGGAUAAAUGGUAUUACAAUACCGGCAGUCAUGAAAGAAGCAAACAGGAGAUACGUCCAUAAGGGCCACAUAUUAAACUGGCAAGCAUACCAGAACGCAUCAUUAUACCGAACGGUGGUAGAAGAAUACAAGUACAAUUCUGCACAAAGGGAAAUCACGUAUCUGAGAAGACUUCGUGGAUUGAGAGGAAUUCCUCGCUUACUUGGAUCUUGUGUAGAGGAAUUAAGAAUAAGGUAUCUUGUCGAAAGAGUAAACGGUUUGACUCUAUGUAAUGAUAACGGCACAUCUCCAGAAUGCGCGUUGGGAAAUCACAUCAUGGAUCUCGUACAAGCAGAUCCAAAUCCUCAUUUAUCAGCUUUAACAUUUGCUUAUAGUACCACGUCGUUUUUCAAACAAUUAGAGGAAAGGCAUUUAUUCAUGGAAGAUGUUUCUGGUCUUAAUUUUAUGAUGACGACAGAUUGGCAACUGUAUAUGGUCGAUGCUGACUCAUUAGUGUUCUACAACGAUUCUAGGAUUUAUUCGAAAGUUUCGUGCAACUCUGACGAUCACUGUCCAAAACCUUCAGGAAAUUUGUGGAUAGAUUUCUCGCUAAACAUGCGAAUUUAUAAAAACUGUAGAGAUCUUACUGGAAUAUGUGAAGACAAUGAAUGCCGAGGAUUUGGAACAGAACUUCACACUUGCGGUGUCGCAAAUUGGUACAUAUGCAGACUAUCAACGUUAUUCAAAGAAUCUACGAAUGUUGGAAAGAUAUUCAAAGAUGUUUGCAUUUGUAUGAAUCAAAUGCAUCCUCAUCGGCGAUGUACUUUCGAUAAGGCAUCGGCUAUGCUCAGAGAUGCGUUUGGUAUUUUUAUUAAAGAAAAGGCUAGCUCGCUUCCAACAUGAGCGUCUCGCGACUUAAGCAUACAACGAACUUAACGAUAGCGCGCCAAAGCAAUCGGCUACUACCUAUUGGAAGUAUUGCUGGAUAAUAUUCAAUAUAUAUGAUGGCUAUUGACAUAGAGGACAUAGAUAGGGUUAUAUAGCGAUAUGAAUACAUUGAAAAAUAUGUCACGUUUCGAAUACAGGAUGUAGCACUGUGCCUAUUUUUGUUUUUACUGCAGAACAAAUUUUCUGAAACACGGUAAA